AUGGCAGACCCUUUGAGCACCGCGGCCAGCGUCGUCGGCCUUCUCACAGCGGCUGCCCAAAUCUCGAAAAUACUCGCCAAUGUCAUCGACAAGGCUCGUCACGCGCCCAAAGAGUGCAGUCGCAUCAAGUCUGAAGUUGACGAUAUCCGAAAUGUCCUUGUGACGCUUCAACUGUAUAUCGUUGGGACGCGACGUGCUGCUCGAUCACGAACUUCUCUCAUCAUGGUCGAGCAGGUAGUUGCUACCCUAGCGGCUUGUGUCACGACAUUCUCAGAGCUCGAUACCUUUGCGAAAGCUUUGCAGAAUGACGCUGAUAUGAAGAUCCUUGAUAGAUUGCGUUGGGCGAGCAAGGAUAAGGAUAUCAAGGCUAUGCUUGUGCGGCUCGAAUCCCACAAGUCAUCAUUGACGUUAAUGCUCACAAUACUAGCAUGCCAAAGCCAAGAUGAUGCGGAAAGCAGAGUUGAUACGCUCUGUAACCUAGUGGAACAGAUGUUGUUGCGCGACUUGAUUCUCAAGGAACGUCUAGUUGCGCUAGAGGCACGUAAUGGGUCAGAAGAACCAAAAGAGACGAUUGACGCUCGGCUGCAUGGACUCAGCAUCAGUGAUGUUGAUGAAGGAAAAACACCAGGUCCCAUCACCACCACCAAGCAACCAGAGUGGCAACGCAACUCUUACGGGUUUGCCUUUGAAGAAAUACUGAUGAGCUCAAGAGCUUAUCGAGUUGUCACAAAUGAUAACUCAGAUGCCUUUUCCGUCAUCAGCGCAGCUGGGAGAACGGCGUCUUGGUCUAUGUUGUCUGGCCUCAGUCUCUCUGAAGUCUCCCAUAUCGGCAUCCAGGCCAUCCCCAUCUACGCUAGCGAUAUCACGAAUAAGGAACACUACGACUUUUCACCUUCUGCUCCUCAUGUCAUACAGAUAGAGAGCCGACAACCGUCAAGUCCCGAGAAGCUAUCUCGACGAGACCGCCUAAAAGGCCUUUUCAGAGGACCCCGACCUUUGGGUCCUGAACUUCUGCCCGAUUCGGAUCCAGAGCCUCCCAUUCCUAUCUUUGGUGUUGCACUGGAAGAGAGCAUCAGUCAUGCACAUAACUUGAUCAUUGUAACCGAUGAAGCUGGAGUGAAUAGAAUCUAUGGAGAUAUACCCUUGGUUAUCGCCAGAGCCGGCCGUUUCUUGAGAGAGAAUGGUAAUUAUGGUGCCAAACCAAGUUUGUACCGCUAUAUGCUAAUUGAAGCUACCUAUCUAGGAACUUCGCCUGAGGAUACCUUUGCUACCAUCGGAAGUCCCGUGAGAAUAAGCAAAUUGCAGCAAGCAUUCGAGUCGCCUCCAACAUAUGGCAGUGGUCUCGACUGGACCCAAUAUACCAUUCACGACGCAGCCGGAAUCAUUUUACGAUACCUGAAGAGUCUUCCAGAACCGAUCAUCCCAUACGAUUGUUACGGAGAAUUCAUGGACGGGUUUACACCGUACAUUGAUCGAGAACUGACCGAAGAGGAAUCUGCUGAGGCAUUGAAGGUAGCGAAGAGACUCAUUGGUAUGAUGCCGUCACUGAAUCUCCAGCUUUUAUCUUAUGUGCUUGACAUUAUGAGCGUCUUUGCGUCGCGGGCCAGCUACCUCAGGUUGAUUAGCAUCUUCCAGCCCUCGAUAAUUUCUGGGCCACCGAAUGAGAUGGAUGCCGAGGCCCAUCGUGCUGCUUCCAGUGUAGCGUUGAUGUUGCUUACACACGAGGAAUAUAUCUGGGGCGAAAUGGGUGCCUGA